AUGGCACCCGACAACAAUCCGUUCUCCAUGUCGACCAUGUCUAAUGCUUUACAACAUAUUCGAGGAUUCGCCCCACGAGCCUCCGACGUACCAGAUACGCGCUUAAAACGGCUCUUUAACCUAAUGACUAGUUGUGAAGGCGUGGGACAGUUUAAGGAUCUGACCUCAACGUUUGACCAAAGUCAGCUUCAGAUGAUGGCGUCGUUGCUGACGUCAGACUCCGAGUACUUCAUGGAGGUCGCCAGUAACAAGUACGGAUCGAGACGCGUGCAGAAGCUCCUCGGGAUAUCGGAUGACGUGGACGCGUUCUUCUACGCAACACAAAAGAUCCUGCAACGCUUCUUCGACAUCAUGACUGAUAAGUACGCAUCCUACGUGGCGAUUCGAGCUACGGUCGUUUUCGACCAGGUGAAGAAACAUGUGAUGUACAAGUACGUUCUCCACUACGCGCUCGACAUAGCGCGUAAACAACACGGCUGCAUCGCGCUCAACGAGGUUUUAACCGACGCGGAUGAUCCUCUCUACAGGAACCGGUUACUAGACGUAGUUGCGCGCGACGCUCUCUUCCUAAGCAACGAUCCUUGGGGGAACUUUGUGGUCCAAAUACACGUGCUUAAACUGUAUGACUUGCGUUGCACGUACCACGUGGCGGUUAGUCUUCGUGGCCAUUGUGUUGAUCUGUCGUUUAAGAAGUACGGAAGCUACAUCGUGGAGAAGCUCUUGGAGGCUGAGGUGUCGAUGGGUAUGGUGGUUGUGGAGCUUUUGAAGUGCGAUGGAGAUAGGUUGAUGAGGCUGGCGAGGAGUGAGUUUGGGAAUUUCGUGGUGCUCAAGGCACUGAAUGUCACGCAGGAGAUGAAUAGGGUUGAUUUGUUUUGGGAUCUGGUGCAGAAGCUGAUGCCUCUUCGCCACCUUUUGCUUAGGUCUCACGGAAGCAACAUUGCCAACGUCUUGGAGUCAUGUUCCAAAGCUAAUAGAACUAAAAUGAAUUACAGUUUUGAAUAA